AUGUCCUCGUCAACUGUUUCGCUUCCGAAUACCACUAUCCAAAAGCCUGUGCCGCGCCAACUGGUUACUGGGGCCCACACGGUCAGCGACAUCAGUUGUGCCUUCUGCGGGAGUGUACUUGGCUGGAAGUAUGUGGCUGCCGAGGAAGAGGCACAGCGGUAUAAGGUUGGCAAGUUUAUUUUGGAAACAAAAAGGAUCCUGACGUCGUCGUCUUGGGAAUGUGCCACUUACGUGGACUCGCUAGCGCUGAAUGAUUUAUUGGCCUCGGGAGAGACAUCCGUGAAACAAUUGGAUUGUCCCGUGGAGUUUGACAGUCAGGAUGAAGACGAAUGUGAGGACCUAUUUGCAGGGAUUUGGAGUCCAGGGUUGGCUAUAUGCCGGAGGAGCCGCAAAUUGGAGCGUCCAUCAAUAUUCGGCAUCAAUGCUUCCUAG